AGCGCUGUAUGAGAAUUUCGAAACGGCCGCCGGCCCAACCUUUGGCCCCACACAACAACAAAAACAAAGUGCUCGGAGUCCACGUAAGUUGACGGGUGUCUAAUUUGUAAGAUACUCCGUCUUCCGCACUUUUACCCAUCGUCAACGCGUGGUUCGAAGGCUCCAACAUGACUUUGAAAUUCUACUAUGAUUUGAUGUCUCAGCCUUCUCGAGCAUUAAAACUGUUCUUGACUGUGACAAAAAUUCCGCAUGAGGAUUGUCCAGUCGCUCUUCGCAAAGGUGCCCAUAAGCAAGAACCGUUCUUGAGUGUUAAUCGUUUUGGUCGUGUACCAGCGAUUGAUGAUGAUGGAUUCAAGCUAUCAGAGAGUGUUGCCAUUGUAAGAUACUUGUCGCAGAAGUACGGUGUCCCAAACAAUUUGUAUCCCAAGGAGUUAAAAGCUCAAGCUGCUGUAGAUGAGUUCUUGGAGUGGCAGCACCUUGAUUUGCGUCUUGGUUGUGCCAUGUAUUUUCAAACAAAGAUGCUGAGACCAAUGUUCACUGGAAAGCCGCCAAAUGAAAAAACUUUGGCUUUGUAUCUAGACAGAAUGAACACCUCCCUGGACAAUGUUGAAAACAUAUGGCUUGGGUCUGGCAACCCCUACCUUGUUGGUUCACAGCUAAGUGUAGCAGACAUUUUUGCAGCUUGUGAAAUAGAACAAGUUGACAUUGAUGUCACCAAGGAGAGACCAAAGCUUGGAGCAUGGCUGGAGCGCGUUCGCAGGGAUUUGCAUCCUCACUAUGCCGAAUACCACAAGCUUAUCAAAAAAUUACACACAGCAACCCAAUCAAAGAUGUGAUAUUGUUGAAUUGCAUGAGUUUACCUUUGUUAUUUUCUAAUUGUUUAAUUGUAAUCAUUCAUCACAUAUGCUCUGUUUUGUAUACUUUCUUAUUGUGUUUUUGUGAAUAAAUCAUCUUAGCAAGUGAAAA